GCAAAUAGCACGAGCAAAGGAAACGUUGCUCAACACUGUCACUGUCGCUGUCACUGUCCUGUCACUUUUUUUCACUUUCGCAAAUAAGAGAAUUUCCUACUCUCGCAGAAACCUGAAGACGAAAAGCAGAUGCAUAUCUGAAUGUGCUCCUGAUUGAUGCGAGCAUUCACAUCGAAAUAGAUACCAUACGAUUUUUAUUGAGCUCAUUUGCCGAAAGACCUUUCCAGUUGAUCACCUUGGACAAACACUCUGGACAGAUCAUGAGCACCAAAGAUGUCUACGCGGUGGGAGUCACCUGUAAUUAUGGCAUGACCAUAGCCAUGAUAAAGAACGACUAUACUUUGUACCAUUUGGGUGAUCACAUUUAUUGCUGUGCCCGGAUACUCGCCCGUAACAUCAUUGGGGGCAUCAAAGAUCAAUUGGCGGACCAGUACCUAAACCAAAACCAAAAUAUACCCGUGAAGAAGGCCCAGCAGCUGCUGUGGCAGAAAUAUCCAGACAUUGCGACCGAUCCGUUUCUUCUUGCUGCCCAAGAGGACAACAGACAGUACCUGUAUGCCCCUCAACUGGAUGGUAGCGCUAGCAAUAACAAUCAUAUCGCUGUCUGUGGCAGGGGCACUGCCAUAGCGAAGACCAUGAAUUGGCUGGUCGACAAUUGGGAUAAAGAUCAGAAUCUCAAGAAGUCUGAGCAGAUGGCACGUGUGGCUCUUAAAAAUUGGGACACAUUUCACAAUAGAACCAUGGAUGUGAUCGUUCUGUACAAGCGCAAGGAAGAUGCUCCCAUGGACAUCGAUGACCCGAAUGAAUAGGGGGAAUAGUCAUAGCAAAAUAAAUGAAUGCGCUUCCUUCCUUCCUUCCCUCCCAUGUAA